AAGAGGGGGUUUCUGUUAUUUACCUCCAGACACUCAUAAGCCCUAGCUAGCACAGAAAUCAAACCCUACCGGCCUUACGCCUUGCCCUGCAACUCUGCCCGCCACAGUUUUCCAGCGGCCCCUCUCUCUCUCGCUCUCUCUCUCUCUCUCUCUCUCUCUCUCUCUCACACACACACACACACACACACACACACACAGAUGGGGCGUGUGCGCACCAAGACGGUGAAGAAAUCUUCUCGGCAGGUGAUCGAGAGGCACUACUCUCGCAUGACCCUGGAUUUCCACAUCAACAAGAAGAUCAUCCAAGAAGUGGCUAUUAUCCCCUCCAAGCGCCUCCGAAACAAGAUCGCCGGCUUCUCUACCCACCUCAUGAAACGGAUCCAGAAGGGUCCUGUCCGAGGCAUCUCUCUCAAGCUCCAAGAAGAGGAACGCGAGCGUCGCAUGGACUUCGUCCCCGAAAUCUCCGCCAUCCAGACCGACCAGAUUGAGGUCGAUAAGGAGACCAUCGACAUGCUUGCUUCGCUCGGGAUGAGUGAGAUUCCCGGGCUUGUUAAGGUCGACCCGGUUGUGACUGCGCCCCAACCCGCUUUCCAACGGAGCGGACCUGGUGGAGCUGGGAGGAGGUAUUGAUGCGGUUGACGGAGAUGGGUUUUGUGAGAAUGACCCGUACUUGGUUUUGUUGGAAGUGCAUUUCAUUGAUCAUAAUCAUAGAGCUUGUAGUGUUAAUUUCUCGUUUAUGGGAACUAUUUUGGUUUUAGAGCGCUCUUAGAUUCGGUUUAGUUUCAUUUCAUGUUUGAUUGAACAAUUUUGAUGUUAUCAUUGUUGAGAUUAUAGUUUUGUUUCAGGUAAAGUUAAUUUUAACUACAAAUCAAUACCGUGAUGCGCUCAUAGAAUCAGUACCAUGUUAGCUUUUUGUUAAUUUUUAAUGAAAAGGCAAUACCAUAUUUCAUUUCA